UACAUAAUUCAACCGCUGUUUCUCCUUUAUUUUUACUGGAUUUCAUAUUAAUGACAAGUUCUGUGUGCCGUGUGAAUUAAUUUGAACAACAGACUACGGACUGACACUGAUAAGUGCCGUGUGGAGGGUGAAGGAACUGGGCGGAUGUAUAUAGGGAUUAUAAAGAAGAGGAUUUACACUGUGCGUGAUUGACGGUCUUGUGAAUGACCCGGAAAUGCCAAGCUGAGUUUACCUCGACCUGUAGUGAAUGCCGGGAUGCUCAGCCAAGUACACCUCCAUUUGUAGUAAGUGGACGGAACGCGGGGAUGCCAAGCCGAGUACACCUCGAUUUGAAGUGAUUGCGGGGAAUUCCCAAUAGAGUACGCCUCGGUUUUUUUUUAUAAGAGGACGAUACGUCGUUAUACCAAGGCGAGUGCACCUUGUCCUGUAGUGAGUGGAUUACCCUGGAUUACCAAUCUGAGUACACCUUAAUUGGUAGUCUAUUAACGAUACGCCGGGAUGCCGAGAACGUCUCGUCCUGUGAUAAAAUGCCCUGGCAAAUGAUACCGAUACGUUUGACGUACACACGAACAAGAUGGCGUCGUCUUCUUCUGUGUCUAAUAGGCCUGACUGUAAUUCUGAGCCUCAUCAAUCUGUGGACCGACCUCAACCUAAAAUGCACGGCCUGUAGAUCAGUUCAGCUGUUCCACAGACAUUACGUUGAACUGGAUUUCGACUACCAAAAGUACAUCAACGCAACGUGGGAAGCGCGUGUUAAUAACGACAGUCUUUUGACACUUUUCACCACGUGGAACCCUUCGAUGCAAAAGCCGGUAGUGUACCACAACGCUUUAAGGAACUGGGCGUCAUUAAGUCGCAGCGUCACAACACUAGUAUACUCCAAUGACACGGAAGUUCAAAACAUCGCCAAGCAACACAAUUGGCAGGUGCAGAAAAUAGAUCGUACGGCGUGUUUUGGAACACCAGUUCUUAGAACAAUGUUCCAGGAGGUGAUUGGCAAAGCAAGGAGUAAAUUUUAUGGAUACGCUAAUGCGGAUUUAGUGUUCAAUGAUGGUUUAGUGAAAACGCUCGAAGCGGUGGCUGAAAAUCAGGAAUUCUCUAAAGGGCCAUUACUGAUCGUUGGAAAGCGUGUAGAUGUAAAUAUAUCGAAGCUCCAAGAACCGGUAAUCAACGGCACGAAAGAUGUAGAGAAACUAGCUCCUCACGGAAAACUGUCCUGGGGGUUUGCAGGGGAUUAUUAUAUAACGAACGAACUGUUUCCAUGGGAAUUUGUACCGGAUCUCGUAAUAGGACGCCCUCUGGUGGAUAACUGGUUAAUAUGGUACGCACGUGAAGUUGGUGCAAAGGUAGUGGACGCUUCCGGUUCUAUUUUGGCUGUCCAUCAGUUAGCCAAUGGAUUAAAGAGGAUAAAAUUUAUGUGCAACAAAGCCGAAAUGUGGAAGAAAAGGCUACUUCCGAACCUACCGGUAUGGAAGGGGAUGAUAGACUGCGCUGGGUAUGAAUCUAGAGUGGGCGAUAGUGGCAAAGUGUUUAUUUUACCCAAAAUAUUUUUACCCGAAAUUUGUAAUCAUGAUGAAGCUAUUUUUCACUGACGAACGUGGAUCUUAGGUAACAUAGCUAGCAUAGUUUGUAAUUAACAACAGCCUUUAGAGUACCGCGUGCUUCAUCGAGAUCUCGAGCUAAUACCACGGAUAGAGGGCGUCUUAAUAGUGAAUCCGCAGCCAAGGUGUUACGCUAUUGUCUGCUUAUAUAUAUAUAUAUCGGAAUGCUGAUUGAACGGUAAAAACGCUGUAUCCCCUGUCCUAUACAAUGGAUUAUAGAUCCGCUAUCCAAAUAUUACACUGUAUGUAUAAAAUAUUGAUGUCAACGAAUAUUCGAAUACUCAUUCCAUAGGGCGGUAUUCGAGUAGGAAAAUGAUAUUCGAAUAUUAGUUUUCACAGUUGUGAUAUAGCAACGUUUGGAAGAUCUCAUUUUUACCGAGUUUAUAGGCCUAGUUUAACUAUCUAUGCGUUACGUUCGUUGUAUUGAAAACAUCGAGGCAGUGUAUGUAUUGUUAGGUAUUAGGUAAAACGUUACCGUUACAAUACACAGAUCAAGUGUGUAACGACAGCCCUCUGAAAGUGAAACGAACAUACUAUAAGUAAUUGCCAUGGAAACGAAUAUUCGGAUAUUGAACUUAAGGAAUAUACGGCAUCUCUAUCAUAAAACAAUUAUUUCGACAGCGAUAAAUAAUCGAGAUAUUAUUAUGUAACAAAUACGUUCUCGUGACUGCACUGUUUCUGAAAUCAUUAAAUCACUCAUCAUCUUCUGAAUAAAUCUCAACAUUACGUAGCCUUAAAACGAUGAUGUAUUAA